UCCUGUACUGUACAUAGUGGGAGGACUCGUGACUUUUGCUUGAGGGACAAUUGGCUGGUGUGUGGACGGUACAUAUAGUGUAAAUCCCGAACCCGGGGCGUCCACUUCGCCGACACAGCGGGGAGUCAUGGCUCUCCUGCAGCGGCUCCUCCAGGGUCUGUCUCACGGUGGCCGGGGUUGUUUAUGGGGUCGGAGGCCCCGAAAGAGCUGCGUGUCCGACUUGGUCAGCGCUCAUCUGAUCCGACACGUCGCUGCAGGACCCGAGUCAGGCGUCCCUGAUGCAAGGGAGCGGACUCUAAUUGCAGUCAAGCCAGAUGGAGUUCAACGCCGCCUUGUGGGACAAAUAAUUCAGCGCUUUGAGCAGCGGGGAUUUAAACUGGUGGCGCUGAAAAUGUUGCAGGUCUCCGAAGAUCUCCUCUCUCAACAUUAUCAUCAGCUGAGAAAAAAGCCCUUCUAUCCAUGCCUGCAGCAUUACAUGACCUCUGGGCCUGUGGUGGCUAUGGUGUGGGAAGGGCACAACGUGGUCCAGACGACUCGUAUCAUGGUGGGACAUACUAACCCAGCAGAGGCCCAGCCUGGCACUGUCAGAGGAGAUUUCAGCGUUCAUGUCAGCAGGAAUGUGGUCCACGCCAGUGAUUCAUUGGAUGGGGCCCACAGAGAGAUCCGGCUGUGGUUCCAGGGACACGAGCUCCUGAACUGGGACUGCAGGGACCAAAGCAACAUCUAGCAGUAACGCAAAGCUGAGGGGAGAGGGCGCUGUGGAGGCUGUAAAGUACAACUACACUGUCAGCCCUCCACCUCCUCUACUGCUGCUCAGACAUCCGACUCUUCCUCAGAAUUGUAUGAGUGAAGUUGCUCGCUGUUGUUACCAAGCAGCUAACAUGAAUUACAAAUACGUAACAGCCAGACUGUGGGCCGGAGCAGCACACGUGCUGUGUCGAGGAAGAGGUCCGGUUUGCUGAAGAGCAGUGAGAAGAGUAAAGUAGCUUGAUUUGAGCAGUUUGAGCUUACUGCACCAUGAACGCCCUGGUGCCUUGUGUCUCCUGUUGUACGGGGUGUUCCCCAGCAGCUUAUGAUAACUUGAGGUAAUGUAUUCAGUCAUAAAUGAAGAACAAAAAAUCAUAUUUUGAUGACAACAGUGUUAUGUAGUGUGUAGUGAUGAACAAUUACUGAUUGGUUGGGGCGAUUCACAGACAAUAAUGAAAAAUAUUCUUUUAUUCAUAUUUGUAUUCAAAAGAGGACAGAUAGAGAAGCCUAUAUCCUACCGACCGAAGUCUGUGUACAAGAAUGUCGAAACGUCAGAUAAGAAUCUGCCCAGUAGACAACGAAGACAAUGUGCAAAAUAUGAAUAAGUAAAAAGGAAAUUUGCCUUACAACCAAACUGUUGUGUCAUUGCAAUGUGUCAUUUGGCAGAUAUGUAGGCAGGUGGUUGAGCAGAAAUGCUGUGCAGCGUAUCCCCAGCUCCUCCUCAGCCGGGGGACAAGGCGGCACAUUGAUGAAAGGCUGCAGAGAAGAUUUCAUGGAGAAAGUUCAGAGCGGAGAGGCGGUGGGGGGGUGGGGGGUGUCCAAAUGUACGAUAAAAGAGAAAAUGUAAUUGUCUUUACCUGGGCAGCAUUGCAAAAAAAUAAGAGAAGUAAAUAUAAUGGAUAACUGUCCUAAAGGUGCAAUAAGUAAAGUUAUAUCGUAGUUUUUGAAUGAGCAGUGUUUAAAAUGCAGUGUAGUAUCAUAUUCUUCAGGGGACCAAGCCCAAAAAUGAUCAGGUACUUGCAAAUCUGAGAUAUGUUCCAGUGCCUUAAUUUGUUACUUAAACUUGAAUUUCCUUAAUAAUAACUUGAUGUCUUACUUAUUUCACUUGAGCGCUGAGGUAGAUGCUAUCUAUUGAAAUACGCCAGAACCGUGGACCUGGUGCUGGCCCAUACACAUCCACAAAUAUCACCAGGCUGCUGUUAAGAUCCACUUUUAAUUGUCAUUUCACACCAAAGGCAGAGCAAUGAGCUGUGCUUGCUUUGAGCUUUCUGUACAGGCAGUUCUGAAAGCAGACCUGAGACGUACAGGAAGUCGUC